AUGAGUUUUCUUGCAAGACCAUUCACAGAAAUUGUUGAACAUUCAAGAAGAACGGCAACGUUUAUCUUGAAACCAUCUUAUAAUAUAUUAUUAAAUUUUCGUUGGAUUUCAACCGAACAACCUCAACAAAUCAAUAUCAAAGGACAAAAUUCAAAUAUAGCACUUGUUCAACUUAAUCGACCUAAGACAUUCAAUUUUUUAUGUAAUGGUCUCCUGAAAGAGUUAGCUACAGUAUUAGAAUCUUUCGAUAAGGAUGAGAAGAUCGCUUGUAUUGUUCUUACUGGUAGUACACGUGUAUUUGCUGGUAAAUUUUAUUUAAUUAUCUAUAUAGAUACCUUGAUUGUACAUAUUUUAGCUGGUGCUGAUAUAAAAGAAAUGCAACAUAAAACAUUGUCACAAGUUCUUGAGUCAGAUUUUCCUAAUCAAUUAUCAGCAGCAUCACGAAUAAAAAAACCAAUUAUUGCUGCUGUCAAUGGUUUAGCAUUAGGUGGUGGUUGUGAAUUAUCGAUGAUGUGCGAUAUUAUCUAUGCUGGUGAUAAAGCAGAAUUUAGUCAACCAGAGAUUCUUAUUGGUACCAUUCCUGAAGCUGGAGGCACUCAACGUUUACCUCGCUAUAUUGGCAAAUCGAAAGCAAUGGAAAUGAUAUUGACAGGCAAUCGAAUUAGUGCACAAGAAGCUGAAAAAAUAGGUUUAGUUAGUGCUGUCUUUCCAGCUGAGAAACUCGUUGAAGAAGCUAUUAAAACAGCUGAAAAAAUAGCUAAUCAUUCGAAAAUUGUUGUACAAUUAGCAAAAGAAGCAGUCAGUGCUGCCUUUGAAACAACGUUGAUGGAAGGCAAUCGAUUUGAAAAUUGUCUUUCUCAAGCAACGUUUGGUUUGGCUGAUCGAAAAGAAGGCAUGACUGCAUUUAUAGAAAAACGUAAACCUAAUUUUACCGAUCAAUAA